CUACCAAUAGGCGGGCAAUGAGGUUUAAUUGGCAAUAGCGUUAGCCAACGAUUGUGGCGAGUGGGCGUGACCGUCACUGCGAUGAAUUGCGUAUACACGCCAUAAAGAAGCAGAUUCUGGAAUCCGUUACGCUGCGUAGGUUUCUUGGCCUGCAGCUUACGCAAUUUACGUACUGCGGCCUAUUCUACAUUGCAGUAGGAGUAAUGGCUACGCCAGCCAAGAAAAGGAAGAUGAAUUUCUCAGAGCAGGAGGUGGAUAUUAUUAUGGAGGAAAUGGAGAAGCAGAAACACGUUCUUAUUAACCAUUUCAAUGCUGGUGUGCCACUUCUUACCAAAAGCAAUGCUUGGCACCACAUCCUAAAGCGAGUCAAUGCCAUCAGCACGUGCCACCGUGAACUGGCCGAAGUCAAGAAGAAGUGGUCAGAUCUGAAAACAGAGGUGCGCCGGAAGAUGUCACAGGCACGUGCCACGGUGGAGGGAGAGGGUGACGUAGGCACGGCGCCCAUUCUGCUGACCCCCAUGCAACAGCGUAUUUGUAACUUGCUGGGCGAAAGCGCCAUCCUAAGUUUACCAGCCCAGGAGUGCCCAACGGAGAUACCUGGGCAGGUAUCCCUGAAUUCGCCCGAGACCGUCACGCUAUCCCAGAUUCCUACUGAAACAACAUAUACGCUUGAAGAGAAUGUAGAGUAUUGUACAACAGAGACCCCCACAACUGUAACAUCUGAAACCCCUUUAGAAAUUAUAUCUCCCUCCCACGAAAUCACAGUCAAACCACAAGAGCUGAAAAAUCGUAUAGCUCUGAACUCAGCCCGACUCCUUCAGGAGCAGCGAGUGACUAAUUUACACGUGAAAGAAAUCGCUCAGCACCUUGAGCAGCAAAACGACCUACUGCAGAUGAUCCGACGCUCGCAGGAAGUGCAGGCCAGUGCUCAGGAGAGGCAAGCACAGGCCAUGGAGGGGACUCAGGCGGCACUAAGUGCGCUCAUUCAGGUGCUCCGGCCAAUGAUUAAAGAUGUGCGUAGGUUCUUACAGAGUAGAACCCCUAGCUCAUCUAGCACCAAUGACAUGGGUGCUCAAAAUGGACAGUCAAAUAAUAUCAAUCAAUGACUCAACAUAGGUAGCUCCUGUCAAAGAACUUACAGUUGCUGAAAAGUUUUCAUAGAUCAUACAUUUUACGAAGACUAUUUUUUUUGGUUGGGUGAUUCUUAGACUCACUACCGUAUUGUGUGUCAAAACCUAAUCUGGAUCUAUGUGUUUUUUCUAACUUCCGUUUAUAAAAAUUCAUAUGACCACUAGGCCUAUAAUGCCGCAGGAGCUUCAAACAAAUAAGAUGAAUUUUAGCAUCCCCGUUUUAGCAAUCGCUUGGCCAAAGCUCAUUUUGAUGAACUGAAGAGAAUCCAAUGUGCCUAUUAUUUUGAUGAAAUUGGAAUAUGUAGAAGUAUAGUGGUCCAUACCUGGGGUUCCGAGACCUCUGAAGGUUUGGCUCAGUUCUUGAACUUUCUCGCCAAGGAAUACAUGAAUUUUGACUUGGACAUUUGUUAGUAAGAACUGAUUUAUCACUAUGUGUUUUCUAAUAAAACAAUACUUCUA